AAACGAUUUACUUGUAGCCAGUAAAAACCCGAACGGACAAAGGUUGGAAAUCAUAAAGAUGAUGGUUUUGAUGAUUUUACCAAUAACUGCCUUGGUUAUAUUGAGCGGUAUAGCCCUGGUUGCCGCCGUAAAAGUGAAUAACACCGCAAGUAACGUCAACGCCGUGAUUGAAUUGAGCAACCAAAUGAGAGAAAUCGUUAAGCAAUUGCAGAUAGAGAGAGGAAUAACUGCAUUAUAUCUCAGUGAAACUUCCGAGGACCUGAAAGCAAAAUCUUAUUUAGAACUGGUCGAGAAACACCGGAAAACCAAUGUUGCUUUAGAUAAGACAACGGGAUGGACAAACACAUACCGUAUUAACAAUAGUGAUUACACCAAAGAACAAUUUAGAUUCGAUUUAGAAAAUUAUCGGAGCCGACUGAGUAUAGAUAGUAUCACAUUUGAACAAAAUAUCGAGUACUAUACGGAUAUCAUUCAGGACCUGAUCGGAGUAACGUCUAUAAAAACUCAACUACCUCAUUCUGAGACACUUUGGCGUAACAUCGUUGCGAAUGAAAUUAUUCUCCGCUUAUCCGAUGUCAUUGGGAUUGAACGGGCCCUUGGUUCGACGUUUUUCGUUGUUUGCGGGUUCAACAGUUCACGUUUCAAAUGGUUCUCAUCCCUGUGCGGCCAAAAGCAGGCGCUCCUGGAGCUUCUUUACAAGAACUAUAAAGAUGGACUUGAGAUUUUUAACAAUGCUCUUGGAGACAGCCCAUUAAUGAGUGAACUUGAAUUAGUUCGGAGGGAUAUUCUGAAUGCAUCGUAUGAUCCUUGUGUGACUCUGUCUUCCAGGGAUUUGCGUCUCGCGUCUUCUAAUUGGUUCUCGAACGUUACAACCUAUAUGGACGCAAUUGGUGCUAUCGGCACCCGCUUAUCUGAGGACAUUAUCUUGGAACUAGCUUCAAUUUCUUCGAUGGCAUCAAGUGAUGUCUGGGCAUAUUCAUGUGCGAUGAUCGUUGUUACGUGCGGUUGUCUCAUUCUGGGUGUCUCAUACUGUCGCAGUUUGUACGAAAUGAACCGAAAGAUCCAAGAUUUCGCCAUUAAAGUAUCAACCAAAUCUGAAGAGCUUCGUUACGAGAAAAAACGUUCCGACAAACUAUUGCAUCAGAUGUUACCUAAACAAAUUGCCGAUCAGCUGAAGUUAAACGAUGAGGUACCCCCUGAGUAUUACGACGCGGCAACAAUUUUUUUCAGUGACAUUGUGGGCUUUACCAAGAUAUCAUCAAUAAGCACCCCGCUACAAGUCGUUGAGUUUUUAAACAGGAUGUACAGCUUGUUUGAUGCGACUAUUGACCGGUAUGACGUAUAUAAAGUGGAAACAAUCGGGGAUUCGUACAUGGUCGUGAGUGGACUGCCUGAGAGAAAUGGAACUGCGCAUGCGUCCGAGAUAUGUUGCCUUGCUCUGGAGUUGCGGACCUCGAUCUCGGAAUUCGUCAUACCCCACAUGCCACUAGAUAAUGUUCAUUUACGUAUUGGAAUAAACUCAGGACCAUGUGUGGCAGGAAUUGUGGGUACAAAGAUGCCUCGGUAUUGUCUGUUCGGUGAUACCGUCAACACAGCGUCAAGAAUGGAGUCUACUGGGAAAGCAAUGAAGAUCCAACUGAGCGAAUCCACCAAGGCUCUCCUGGAUGAAAUAGGGGGAUUCGUGACAGCACCACGAGAUCAAGUAGAAAUAAAGGGUAAAGGCUCAAUGAAUACGCAUUGGCUAGAAGGACACAUUCCAAUACCACAAAAGAGGGUAAAGCGAGCUUCAUUUGUCAAAGAAGAUGUAGGAUUAAGCAUACUCCCUUUGUUGAAUCCAAGUCCAGAUGUCCACGUAAUACAUGCUGAUUACAUGAAUUAAGAGAGAAGAAGCAUGAUCGUAUAUUAAUAAAAAUCGUCAAUACAAUAGAGCGUGUUGGACUCAUUUGCAUUACAGGAGUCAACAAAUUGGUUAUAAUCACUAAAUGUUUAAUUAUCUAUGACUGUCUUAAUUUGGGUUUCAAGCAAACUGUGGGUGCCUUUUUAGCAAUCAAACAGUAAAGUGGGGCUCGAUAACUAUAUGCCCAAAAUAUCUGCGUUUCUAGGCAAAAAUAAACUAAAACGAAAAUCUGAUCAAUUAAUUUAUUUUAGAUUAUAUACAUUUAUAGUUAAUUGAAAUAACAUACUACUGUCAUGCUAUAUAAUUACCAUUACUUAACGCAGCUACACUCAUAAAAUGUACUGUAAACCCUAGGGUUAGGGUUUAUAAUUUAUAAUGAAGAUCCAUUUACAUUUCGUAUACAAACAUUACUAAUCAACUAUUAAUCACAUACCAUCUUUGCGAAAUAAAAUGAUUUUAAAAAUUACAUAUAUUCAGACUAGUUUGCCCAUACUCAAUUAUUCCCUUACCCAUUGAUAUAUUUGAAUUUAUAAUUGUCUUCGCGGAAAAUGACGUCACUUCCGUUUCUGUUCCUCAGAUUUUCAGCAUUAUAUGGCACUACUCCACAGCUGAUAGAAAUGUUUGAUCGAAUUCACGUUUGAUCAGUGACAUCAUCAAUGUUUAUAUUUUAAGAUGUACUUUUAAGAUAUCAUGCCGGACUUUAUGUAUCUUAUAUUUAUAUAAUUUAAUAAACAGUGUGACAAAAUAC